UGGAGGGGUGAGCGGAACAUGGUGAUUUGGGACUCAACCAAAGAGAAAGACAAUAGGAAGGAGCCCAGCGAGGAAGCUCCUCCCUUAUAAUAGGCUACACGAAAUACACACAUACACACAUAUCUUGCGUGUCACACCAGUUUAAAUUGAUAUCAAACAUCUUUAACUUGAUCCUAAACCCUGACAAGGAUUGAUUUACUGGUGAUAGAUUUAUCCACUUUUUCACAUCAUACUUUUGACCAGUAUUAAUAGGACCAACUAAAUCUUUUCGUUACGCUAUUGCAGGAACAAUGCGUUUUAGUUCAAAUGUUAAGCCGUAUGUUCUGCCUCUCAUUGUUGGAAUCUUCUUGCUUCUUGGGUAUGUCUACUUCAGCUUCUUCUCUGAAAAGCUCAACCGAGAUAUCCCAGUUGAUGAGGACCAGAAGAGCAGCAGCCUGAGUAAGCCCAUGGUCAGGAGCAGAGUACGGAACAUGGUCUCUCCUGAAAAGCUUUUGUACAAGCAGCCCAGUGUCUUGGUGGGACGUACUGAUGUGGUGACAGUGACCCCAUGGUUGGCAUCCAUCAUCUGGGAAGGCACCUUUGACCCUGUGCUCAUUGACAACAUCUACAAGCCCAUGAACCUCACCAUAGCAACCACAGUGUUUGCAGUUGGAAAAUAUGUCAGCUUUCUCCGAGGUUUUCUGGAGACAGCGGAGAUGCACUUCAUGGUCGGCUUCAACGUGCGCUACUAUGUUUUCACUGAUCGUCCCUACGAUGUUCCUUCAGUGAACCUGACUCAGGGGAGACAUUUAAGUGUGAUCCAGGUCCCGGGUUCGAACCGCUGGCAGGAGAUAUCAGCCCGGAGGAUGGAGAUCAUCCAGACCACCAUCGAAAGUCGGAUCAGCAGGGAGGCCGACUACAUCUUCUGUCUCGACGUGGACAGCAAGUUCCACGCUCGCUGGGGGGCUGAGUCUCUUGGAAGGCUGGUUGCUGUGAUACACCCAGGCUACUAUGAGCAGACCCGUGCCAACUUCCCAUACGAACGGCGUCCAGCCUCGUUGGCCUACAUCCCCAUGGAUGAGGGAGACUACUACUAUGGUGGGGCUAUGAUCGGAGGGUUCGUGGAGGAUGUGUACACACUUACAAAGGAAUGUCGGAACCGGUUUGAGGUGGAUGCUGGGAAUUCCAUCGAGGCUGCCUGGCAGGAGGAGAGCCACCUCAACAGGUACCUGCUCUAUAACAAGCCCAGCAAGGUGUUGUCUCCGGAGUACCUGUGGCAGGACUUCAAGGCCAAAACCAAAGAGGUCAAAGUCAUUCGCUUCUCAGGGGUCAUUAAAAACUAUGCUGAAGUUCGUCCCAAUGUAUAAAAAGAGGAAGUGGGGCCUCCCGGGUGGCGCAGUGGUCUAGGGCACUGCAUCGCAGUGCUAACUGCGCCACCAGAGUCUCUGGGUUCGCGCCCAGGCUCUGUUGCAGCCGGCCGCGACCGGGAGGUCCGUGGGGCGACGCACAAUUGGGCUAGCGUCGUCCGGGUUAGGGUGGGUUUGGCCGGUAGGGAUAUCCUUGUCACAUCGCGCUCCAGCGACUCCUAUGGCGGGCCGGGCGCAGUGCGCGCUAACCAAGGGGGACAGGUACACGGUGUUUCCUCCGACACAUUGGUGCGGCUGGCUUCCGGGUUGGAGGCGCGCUGUGUUAAAGAAGCAGUGCGGCUAGGUUGGGUUGUGCUUCGGAGGACGCAUGGCUUUCGACCUUCGUCUCUCCCGAGCCCGUACGGGAGUUGUAGCGAUGAGACAAGAUAGUAAUUACUAGCGAUUGGAUACCACGAAAAUUGGGGAGAAAAGGGGAUAAAAUUUAAUAAAAAAAAAAAAAAAAAAAAAAAGAGGAAGUGGAUAUUUGACCAGCAGAAAAAAACUGAAUUCAGUCUUAGCAGUAUAAAUUAAUUGUGGAUAUGGUUAUAUUUAGGUUUAGGAACGAGGGUUAGGUCAAGGUUAAGUUUGGGUAUAGUUUCGCUGAGUUACGUUUGUGGGUUGCGGUUCGGGAAAGGCAUAAUAAUAAAAAUUAUUUGGAGGAUACUUAAAGUUGUCCUGUUACACAUGUGGGUGUUUUUUAGAAUAAGGCUGUAAUGUAACAAAAUGGGGAAAGGUGAAGGAGUCUGAACACUUUCCGAAUGCACUGUAUUGACAUUUUUGUUGAAGAAGAAAGGAUGAGCUUUAUUAUAUCACAGUCGUGAAUGAGAAGUUGUUUGAAUGAUGCAUAUUACACACAUGUUGGACAUUGCAACAAAUGAGUCACACUUAUCAGAAUAGUUUCUCAUCUUUGAACUCCCCUGUAAUGACGAUUAUGAGGCGUAUGACUAACAAACAAAUGGUUUUGUUGUGGAGAGAUGCAGAAAUAGAGAAUAUUACAUAAAGUAGAUUCCAUCUUUACAUUUGUAAGUCAGACAAGGCACAGCAGUGGGCUAAAUUCAAUUUUUAAUGAAAAAAGGGCAAAAACUGCACAAAGGGCAAGGUGGAGCUGGCAGUCCUAUCCAGAAACAACCCCUACCCACUACACACAUAUAGAUCUGAAAUGCUUGGAUAGGUACAAGCAAUGUUCCCUCUAAGCUGAGCACAGCUCCCCUCGGUCUGCUGAGCAGAAGAAAUAUCAGCCUGCGGAGAGAAGCACUAAAUUGAACAUCACUCAACUUUAUACAGUUUUCCAUUUUAGUUACCACUAUCAACACUUCACUCUACUGUGGGAAUGAUCGACUCAAUGGAAUAUUAGCCACUUUAAAUGUAAUAUGCCGAAACGAAACCGACUAUGCAAGACUUAGUACGCAAAACUUUGGAGCAGGAUUCUAUUGCAUUGACAGGCAAGACUCAGGCCCAUACUCUACACAGACUGGUGCGCCAUAACCAAUCAGAGCUGCAGUUGGCCUGUAUGCAAAUUGCCAUUGCCAUAUAUGGAUCUGUGCCAUUCAAUUUAAUAAACUGGACUGUGUUUAUAUCAUGAGUGGUCUCGAGUAAAUGCUCUUGUUUUGAUAUCAAAGCGAGAGCUGCAUGUAGCCACCUGUGUACAUUUUUUCAUAUUCUUUGCUAGUUAUUGAGUUAUUAGCCCAGUUAUAGCUAAUGUCUAGUCAACCAUGGGGAAGUGGUUGCUUCCUACAAGAGCACAAAAUUUGUGUAUUUCUUGCCAUCUUUGAAAAGCCAGUCAGGUAAAGAGCUUUUUUUUAUGUUUUAAAUGGGCAGUGUUGUAUUUUGAGACAGUCUUGAAUAAGAUAAGUAGCAAAUAGGCAGAGGGUAGCAUAAUUUGUCUGUUUCUCUCAAAUAAUUGUAUGGAAAUAAUAAUGCAUUUUAUUUUGUAAAGUGGUUUAUUGCAUCAAACAACAUUUUAAGCCACCUUGUCUGAAGGACAAGUUGAUAAACAUUAAAGUCAAGCCCUGCAUGUUGUUUUCAAAAGUCUCAUGAAAUGUACGCCUACAUUGAACACCACACGUUUGCUACUACUGACAGAACAUCCAUUUCUAUGUUAAAAUGUUGUGGGUUGCACUCUGGUAGGCAUACAAUAUGAUCAAAAAGACACAGCAGCCUACUGUUAAAACUGUAACUUAGAGCGGCUACAGCCUCAGUGUUCACAGUAAACUCGCGCCAGAAGUUGCACAGAUUUUCCACAAUGUUCCAGUUUGCACUCAGCAGACCUUCAUUUGCUCAAUGCCAAAAAACAUUCGCGGGAAUAUUGGGUACAAGCAAUAUGACAAAAUGACUCCUAGCCUAUCAGAAGGCAAAGUGGAGCAAAGUCUAGAUAGCUUGCUAAUACCUACACACUUUAUUUCAGAUCUAUAUGAAGUGCCUUGGAAUUAGGAGAGGGUUGUGUCUGGACUGGACCAUUGCCUUUAUAAACAGUAGUAUCCACAACAGGGAGUCCUCAAGAGUAGGUGAAGGAAUGUCUCAGGUUUUCAGGGAACGGCAAAAUUUGGGUGAAAACAAAGAAACACAAAAGAGAAGUCCUUUUUAGAAGGCAGUAUGGAGGAUGGACUUCAUUGUGUAAAAACAUUCUGACAAUGUCAGGGCAAAAGGGUAAAUCAUUCAUUACAAUGAGCCCAUAGAAAAUUGGAUGGGGGAAGGGGCUUCAGAAUAGCCUGCAAUGUCACAUUGUAUUGGGUUACAUGUACUGCCCUGAAAGCAGACCAAACAGGAAACAUCUGCCAUUGUCACACCCUGAUCUGUUUCACCUGUCUUUAUGCUUGUCUCCACCCCCCACCAGGAGUCUCCCAUCUUCCUCCAUUAUCCCCUUUGUAUUUCCACCUGCGAUUUCUGUUUGUCUGUUGCCUGUUCCUUUUGUCUUACCAGCGUGCUUUCCUGGUUUCCAGUCUCUCUAGUUUCUGUUUUCUAGUCCUCCCAGUUCUGACCAUUCUGCCUGCCCUGAGCCUGCCUGCCGUCCUGUACCUGUCGGACUCUGAUCUGGUUACGAACCUCUGGCUGCCCUUUGCCUGCUCUCUGUGUUGUAAUAAAUGAUUUGAGAACAGAA